UAAAAAAUUGCGGGAAUUGUUAACUCAGCCAAAAAAAAAUUAAUGUGGUAAACAUUGCAGUCACUGGUCUACUAUCCUCAACAACAGCAACUUUCCAAUACAGCAAGUGCAUCGCAGUGAUGAGUGAUAUUGAUUCACAAGAGGAUAAUGAUGAAGACUGGGAAGACACCAAGUGGGCGGAUCCUUAUGAUAAAAGUCCAAACAAAAAUAAGAUGGAUGCAAUAGGAUCUGUUCUGAAUGUCACAGGCAAAGAUAAAGUGAAAAUGCAGCCAAUACAAAAAAAUCAGGUAGAAGACAACCAAAACUUUUCAGAAAGUGACAGCAAGGCCUCAGAAAAUUCUGGUCUUAUGAAUCGUAUGAGAUUAAAUGAUAACAAAGCUGGCAUGGAUGGAUUGGACAAAGAAAAGAUCAAUCAAGUCAUCCUUGAAGCAUCAAAAGGAUCAAGAUUUUUUGAAAAUGAAAGAAAGAAAGAACAACAGAUGAAUAAAAGAAUUGAAGAGCAGAAAAUGAAGUUACAACAGAUAACAGAAAGUCAGCUUAAACAGGGAAUAAUUGAAGCAGAUAAACUUCUGGAGGAAUUUGAGAACACCAGAGAUUUGAGUAAAACCAUCGUUCACAUUGAUAUGGAUGCAUUCUAUGCAGCAGUUGAGAUGAAAGACAACCCAGCACUGAAAGAUAAACCAAUGGCUGUCGGUGGCAUGUCUAUGUUGUCCACUUCUAACUACCAUGCAAGGAAGUUUGGAGUGAGGGCAGCCAUGCCAGGUUUUAUUGGUAAAAAGUUGUGUCCAGAACUUAUUAUUGUACCAACACACUUUGAUAGAUACACGGACAUCAGUAAGCAAGUACGAGAAGUGUUGGCGGAAUAUGAUCCAAAUUUCUCUCCAAUGAGUUUAGAUGAAGCCUACUUAGAUAUGACCGAGCAUUUUGAGAAGCGAUUUCAUCUGUCAGAAUAUGAAAGGACAGUUGUAUGCAGAAAAACAGACGGUUGCAGUAAAACUUUAUGUAAUUGUGAUUUAAACCUGAAAUUAAAAGCCUUACUAUUGUAUAAUGAACUUAGUAAACAUAACAGCUCUCCGUCAAAUGAUACUGCAGGUGAAACUGAACUUAAAAGUGAAAAACAGUCAACAACAAUGUGUCCUCUUUGUGGCCGACCUUAUCCAGAGUAUGACCUUGUGGCCUUUGGCAUGUCACCUGAUGAUUCUGUGAAUGAGAUGAGAGCAAAAAUAGAGCAGAAAACUGGUUUGACAGCCAGUGCAGGUAUUGCACCAAAUACGAUGUUGGCUAAAGUUUGUUCUGAUAAAAACAAGCCAAAUGGUCAGUACAGAAUAUUACCUAAUAGAGACACAGUUAUGGAAUUUAUUACAGAUCUACCAACAAGGAAGAUAAGUGGUAUUGGUAAAGUGAGUGAGACCAUGCUUAAUGCCCUAGGUGUUUACACAUGUAAAGAUUUGUAUGAGCAGAGGGCACUGCUAUAUCACUUGUACUCAUCAAUAUCAUUUAACUACUUUAUGAGAAUAUGUCUGGGUAUAGGCUCUACAUUUGUUGAAAGGGACAGUGAAAGAAAAAGCAUUAGUACUGAAAGAACAUUCAAUGAGAUCAGUAAACCAGUAGAGUUAUACAGUAAAUGUGAAGAACUGAGUGAAGCCUUGUCUGAAGAUUUAAAAGAUGAAGAGUUAAAGGGUAAAACAGUUUCUAUAAAGAUAAAGACAGUUGAAUUUGAAGUGAAGACAAGAGCACACACUUUAAAAGACUACACAAGUGAUAGUGAUUUAAUUUAUGCUGCAGCAAAGGAGUUACUGAGGGUUGAAAUACAGGCUAUAGCACCUAACCCUCUUAGGUUAAGACUUAUGGGAGUGAGAAUGUCAAGUUUGUUACAUCAAAACCUGUGUAAAAAGAAACAGAAUACUAUAACUGGAUUUAUCAAACGUAUGGGAACAGUCAAACAGAAACAACAGGAAUACAGUGACAGUGCUAUGUCUGAAGGUGAAAGUGAAAGUAAAAAUGCAGAGAGCACUGUGUUUCAGGAACAAACCUUAGAAAAGUCUCAUGUUUGUGUGGUCACAGAACAAAAUUUGAAAAAGUCACAUGUCUAUUUUUCCAAAGAAGUUGAAAAUGUACUCAUCAAAGAUGAAUCCUCGGACAGUGAACAAAAUGAUGAGAGACCUAUUGAUUUUGAUAUAAAUAUGUUAAAGUGUACCAAAGAGAAAGAUUUAGACGUCAUUAAAAAGAAUGCCAUACCUCCUAAAUUAACAUCUGACAGGGAAGAUGAUAUUAAACUAAAGGAAACUAAUAUAUUAAUUCAAGGAAUUAGGGAAGACAUUGCAACUGUGAAACUGAAUGCAAAAGAAUUGAAAAAUGGCAUUCAUGAAAGUAAAGACUUGAGUAAUGGGAGCUGUGAUAAUCAGGAAUGUACAACUUCUACAAAUACUGCAUUGGACAGUUAUGUUUGUCCUGUGUGUCAGGAUAAUAUUGAAUGUAAAGACCUUACAAUGUUUAAUCAGCACAUUGAUGUCUGCUUGAACAAGAAGGUUGUAAUGGAUUGUACAAAGAUUGCAAAUGAUGAGGAUAAAUCUUUGAAAAAAUCAUUAUCCCCAAGAAAGAAAUCUAAAUCUUUGCCAAAAUCAAAACCCAAGAAAAAAACUUUACAAUUUACUCCAAUUUCAUCAUCCUUAGUGUCACAGUUUUGUAAACAAAAUAUUGAAAAAAGAGAGGAAGUUCCAGACGAAGAGAAAGAGUUUAAAAAUUCCGAAGGAAUGAUUGUUGAUAUUGAUUCUGAUUCUGAAAGAGAUUCAGAAAAACCUGAGUUAGGUAAAAUAAUAAAAACUGGAAGUAUCAGACAAAAAACUAAGGGAAAACAAUUAAGGAAAGACAACACUCUGUCUAACGGUGGCAGUUCUCACAUAGAAACCAAAGGAGAAAAUUCAGAAAUAUUUGACAAAGAAGUGUCAAGUCAUAAAUCAUACACAGAUCGCAGUGAUGGACCAUGUUUGCCUUCUGAAGAUACAGACUCAAUGUUAUCUGUGAAAAUUAGCAAUUCUCAAUCAACCAAUGAUGAGAUGGAGAACUUAAAUUCAUCUAAAUAUUUGAUUUGUCCAGUAUGUUUUAUGGAACAGAAAGGAUGUGAUUUGGAUAUUUUCAAUGAACAUGUAGAUACAUGUUUAUCUAAAGAUGAGAUUACUAAAGUUGUUAAAAUUGAGAACAGUGCACCUUCAAAACCACAGAAAAUUGACAAAAAAAUCAUGGUUAAAUCACAAAAAAGAUCAUUGGAUUCACCGACAGGAAAACAAGGAAAUAAGCGACAAAAGACCAAAACUGACAUUCGAACCAUUGAGUCUUUCUUUAAAAUUUAAACAUUCCAUUUAUAUAUUGCAUCGUAACUAUUCAUGAUAUAACGUUUAUAAAACAAAUAUAUUUUUACAAAAAUAGUAAAUGUAUACAGUAAAAAAAAAAUCAAGGAUAUUUGUCUUUUCCUGUCAGAACUUUCCUCUAUGAAAAGACUGGUGUUCUUUAAUAUAAACAGGAUCAACAAAUACUGGGAUAUAUCAGUCAGGGGUGCUACUUAAACAUGUGAUUUCAUAAUCACCUAUUUCAGUGAUUUUUUGGGAUACGAUUGCUGUCAAGCAAUCUGUAGACUUUUACCGUUGACCCUAUGAUACACUCCCUCACGUCAUUCGUUUUAUUGGAAAAUGACGCAGUCAUUGUUCCAUAACUGCCGACCUGAUUUCUCUGCCUACCGCGCUUGGUUUCGUAUUUACUAAUUUCAAUACAAACUGGAAUGUGCUUGUGUUAUCAUUAUGCAUGAGCAUUGUGUAGUAAUCAGCCAGGAACCAGUUUACAAACUAACUGGUUUCUGUUUGUAUUCCACUACAGUCGAACAAAGUGUUGUAGUUUGACAGGAACCAGUCCAGAAUUGUGUAAACUACAAAACGUAAUCGGUUAUUAUCAUUCCGUUUUGUUGUUUCAUACCGACUUAUAUGGUUUGAAUAAGCUUAAGACCCUUCAAACAUUAAUGUGAUAGGUAUAUUAAAGACUGUUUUACAAAAGGAUGAAACUGUUUUGCUUUAAAAGUCGUACUAAAGUGAUAUAUGUUAUGUACGGAUUUCCACUCUCACCGGUUAAUUUCUUCUUUUACACGUGCUUUUGAAACUUCCUGUUUAAACAUCGCAAGUUUUAAAAUUGUUUUUUGAGUGAAUUAAACUUAUUUUAACAAUCACGAAGCGUUCGGGAAUCAUUUCAAGCAGUUUCUUCUUCUCUUUGAUGAAGGAAAAUAGGUUUUCUCAAGAAAAUACCGCAAACGAUCGCAGAGGAAUUGAAACGUACAAGUCAAGUCGGCACCUGGUUAAAUUGGCAUCUAGUCAAAUCGGCACCUAUUUGACGUCAAUUCGGCUUCCAAUAAUAUUUAUUAUAAUAUUUUCUAUUCAAUUAAUUAAUAACUGUUACCAAGUACAUAGUGAAUAUUAGGUAAACAACGAAACCAAAGUGAAUAUGUUGUUGUGUAUAAAAGUAAACAACGAAGCUAUUGUUUUAACCAUUAGACAAUUAUUAAAAUUAAAUGGAAAACUAUGAGUCCCUUUCAAUAAAUCAAACUUUCAUGCCAAAUAAUUAUCAAAUUUAAGGUGGUUUUUUUUUCAGUAAUGUUUAAACAGCAUUAAACAAACAAUCCUGUAAAAGACUCAACUGGUUAAAUAAUGCAUAAAAAUAUCCAAUAUCUCAUGUAUUAGUCCAAAUAAUAAUGACGUCUGACAAGGCUAUUUUAUUUUUUUCUGGGACGCCUUCCUAAG